AAACGUCAUAAACGGAAGAUUAUAAAGGAAAUAAUUAAUUCGGAGUAUAACGUGAAACGUAUCACGAUAUGUAUUUAUAUACGUUAUAAUUUUUUCUUGGAAAUAUAUUGAAAAAUUAGCGAGGCAUAUAUCUGUAGAUAAAUCUAGCACGGCGUAGAAUAAAUUUUCUCUUAGAUUUUAACUUCAAAAUUAUGACAGUCGUGAGAUAACAUGGAUUUUAAAGAAUUUUGCUAUAAUUGUGGUAAAAUUUUACAAGGAGAGGGUCAGAUAUGUAUCUGACGGAUUUUAAAAGACUCGAUAUUAAGAUUUACAGUUUGAUGUUGCAAAAGUAAUAUAUAAUACUCAAAUGUCAAUGGAUCAAAAAAUUGAAGCUAUCAGAUUUUAAAGUUUGGAAUGAUUACACGCGCGAUAAAUAUUACAGCAAAUGAUCGAAGAGCAUCAUAGAAUCGAUCUAAUCAUAACGCCCAAGUGCCAAUUCUUUCAAAUUUACAGUUCUUAUUAAACAGUAUAAUAUUUAAGAAAUAAUUUAAUGAGUUUGUAUUUAAUGUGUUUCUAAAUAAUUAACAUUAUUUUAUUUUUAUUUUCUAAAUUUAAAAUGUGUUUCUUGGUUAUACAAAAGUAUGUGAAGCAAAGCUGUAUACUGUAAGAACACGAUAACAAAAUAAAUAUUGCUCUGGGAAAAAAAAGACGGUUAAGCAAACCAUUUUGGGGCCCACGAUUAGUAAUCGGAUUAUUUGGAUUACUCGUAACCCAAAUUUUACGUAACCUCGUAUUUGGAUUAGAAAUACGUCAUAAGAAUAAUGACGUCAGAGGAAUAGUAUUAGUUAAAAAACCUAAAGAAUGAUUUAAGCAAAUGUAAAUGUCGGUUAUGAGAAGACGUUUCGAGUCUUUCAAACAGUUUUAUCAUCGAACAUUGUAGUUGCAGUAAAUCCACAUCUCAAUUAGACAACGAUGAUGAGCGCAUUCAGCAACCUCAUUUAAGGAGUACGUAAAUAAAGAUACCAACUAUUACGCAUAAUUGUAAAAUAGAUAUGUCGGUAAUAUGAAAACGGGAAUUGAUAAUUCCGAAAUAAGUAUAUAUUUAAUCUGAAAUCAUGGUUACGGAUCCCUGAUUUUGAAUAGUUAAGUUGAAAUCAGAAAUUGUAACUCAAACUUUUUCAUAAGACACAUUUUGAAUUAACAAUCGUAAUUCAACUUUACUAUCUUAAUUUUUAAAUUUUACAUUCAUAAAUUUAAGUAAUAGAAAUAAUGUAAAUUUUAAUUUAUUUAAUCAAGUUAUGUAGGUUAUAAAUAUAGGUUAAGGUAAUCACAUUUUUGUAAGAUGAUUAACUCAACCUUCCAUCGACAACUACCAAUUGUGAAUACGUAAUUAAGAUUUAGAGUGACAAUCGUCUUUGUCUAUGACGUCAUACUUCUUUCUUAAGCGAGAUUUCUAAUUAGCCCCGCGUAACGAAAAAUUUCAAUUAGCUAUUCUACACAGAGAGAACUGUUUCUUUGAAUUUAAUAUAUGUAUUUGUUUGAAUUAUAUUUGUUUCACUGGAAAAAAUUUAUUUCUUACAAAAUAUUGAUUGUUUCGUUACAUUAAAUCAUAUUGUUUGGCGGAAUAAUCACUAUUAUUUGAAACAAUUUAAUUAAAAUAUUUAAUUUAAAUAAAAACAUUAUUUGAUUCAAUAAGAUUUAAUCUUAUAUGGUCGCAGCAGCCGCGAUGUAGUUCGCGGACCGCCACUAGGCGACGAUGCACGUGACACCUUGCUCGUAAUACAAUUUACACUUCAAAGGCUAUAUAAGCAGACCACCCAGGAUGACAAAAAAUGCAUCAACCUAUGACAUCGUAGUGAGCUCUUUGGGCCUACGUAUUUUUUAUUACAUCUUAAAGAUACAUCUUAGUUGUCAUGGCUAAAUUUUAGUUUCGAUAACGAAUAUUUUUUUUGCAUGUAGUAGUAAUCACCUAUUCGGUCACGAGCUUCUGUCUCCUUGAAAGAAAAAUAUGUGCUCAAAUAGUGUUUUAUCGUUGAAUAACACUAGAAUUUGAAUCAAAGAAAAAACUAAAUUCUUUCAAAAAAUAUUUUAUUUAAAAGAAACAAUUACUUUGUUUAAAAUCCAAACAAUUGUAUUUGUUAGUUCAAACAUCAGUUUCAUUGGCGUAUACCAAUGAACAAAUUUGUUUGACUUAAAGAAAAUUUAUUAAAUCCAAAGAAACUUUUCUCUCUGUGUAUCUAUUUAAAAAAUGUUUAAGUUAUUCUAGUCAAGUCUUUCAAUUAGUUCUGUGGAUUUCCAGUUGCGCAAAAGUAAUUUUUACUUAAGGGGCACUAAUCAGAAUGUUAAGCUGCUUAACUAUAAACAAAACGGUCAAAAUUUUUCCCACAGUGAGAAGAGAUUGUCAGUUGAUCUCAAACAACAAAGAAGAAAAUAAUCCCAUGACUCCAUUUUCCUCUUUUCAUUGACACUUGAAUGUUGCAUAUUAUUUUUACCACAUUAAAUUCUAUAUCUUAAUGCCUUUUCUAACUUGUAUCUUCUCUUAUUAAUAAAAUCUGGUUAAAUUUUAAUAUAAUCAAAAUUUAUUUUAAGCGCAUAGCUAAAAUUUUGUAAAGUCCACCCUCUCAGAAAGGAUUUCUGAUACCAAGACAAAAAUACUCGUGACAUAUUUAAUCUAAUAAUCUUAUUGCAACCUCAUGUAGUAUAAAAAUAAAACAAGAUUAAGAUUAAAUCAGAAGUUUCUAUCUUCAGAUCUGUUCUUCAAUCUAGAUGAAUAUCAUAAGAUUGUCACAAAUUUACUAAAUCAUUCUAAGGAAAUUAAUAAGAGCAUCAAAGGUUAUUUUAUUCUAGAUUUAAGAACUUUUUAUUUAAGAAUAAAAUAUUCCUUCUUCGAUAAUAAAUAUGAUUGGCGCUACACCGAUCCUAUUUCAUGAUGGAUCGAAGAGUAAUAACAUUAGGUCCAGAAAUCUUUUCUGUGGUCGUGCACUUCCCACGACUGCCACGAUUUCGAGGGGUGAGUUCCAAAAAGAAAUUCUCCUCCGUGAGAAUCGCUACGGUGCCGCGGAUAGUGCGCGUGCGACCGGAUUCGGAAUUAUUAUCUCGAGAGCGUCACGUCGCUACGGAAGAAGUCCUUCGCGCGAUAAGGACAAGGAGCGAUCACGCCGAGCGGCGACUGGAGGCAAUUCUCGCGUGAAAACGUGGACGAUGUCACACUGUCGCGGGAGAGGGGGGGGGGGGGAGUCAUCGCCGCUGCCGCCGCCGCCGCCGCCGCCGCCGCCGCCACCACCACCGCUGUCUGGCGAGAAGGGAGGCACGAGGACGUCAUCAUCCUCGGCCGGCUGGAGGUGGCGGCACGCAAAUUUAGAUUUCAGUCGGUGUCCGCGACUCACGCGCGGUACGAGUUUCGACCCAGUCGGUCGCCGCGAACCCGAAGCGGAGUCGGGAACAGCUGAUUGGGCCGGGGGCUUCGUCGUGGUGUACCGCAGUUACGGAGGUGUUCUUCGAAAUCAACGUUUCUCCUUCUGCAAAUCGCCAAAAAAAAAAAAAAAAAAAGAAAAACAAAGAUCGUCCCUCGAAUCCCGUUUCACAUUCGGAGCGACAACGUGACGCACGUAGGAGGCACACGAGUGAUGCGACGCUCGACCUCGAGCAUGGGCGCGAUUCACGUCUACGGGAGACUUGACGUCGCGUUGAGAGAUUAUGCUCCUCCGAGGCUCAUCCCCGUGGAAUGAGGUGGACGUGCGCGGCGAUACGACCCUCGAAAUCGCUCGAGCGGCCUUGCCGCUCCGAACGGGCGCGAGCGGGUUUCGAAAGUCGGGAUUUUUCCUAGCCCUCGCCGUGCCCUUCCCCCCCUCCGUCGCAGUCGCCGUCGUGGCCACCGUUGUCGUCUCGGGCCUUUCUCUCAUACGUCUUGCGAUAGCAGUUUCUCCGCGGCGCGGCCUUCUCGUCCGAGUCCUGGACGGAGCAAAGUUUAACGAUUUGCCGACGAGGACGACGACGACGACGGCGGCGGCGGCAGCGGCGGCAGAGAGGUGGACGUAGCGUCCGGUCGAAUCGAUUCUCCUCGUAGCCGGAAGCUCGAGCGAAGAAAGAGCAACUUGAACGGAAGUCCCGGUCGCGCGCCGGAUCGGGGAAGAUGGGUGUUCUCCUGUUGCCGGACGGUAUCACGUCGCAAUCGGUGAUGAUACAAUCGCGCGCGAGUUUGAACGCCGUCGACGUCGUCGCCGAGGCGAACAACAACGUGAGCGGCCUGGCGGACGCGAAUGAUCCGCCGCCGCCGGCGGCGGCGGCGCCGACGCGAGUCAUCGGUAUACUCGACAUCGUCAACGGCGUCGAACCGCCGCCGCACAGGAGCGAUUGGACGCCACCCCCGCCGAAGAAAAAGUGGAUACGUCACUACCUGCUUGAAGAAGAACCGUUGGAGAAUAGCAGAAUGGGUCUUUCGAUAGCUUCCAGAGGUACUUCUGUGGUCUCCAGCACGCGAGUUACGCCGUCGUCAACCGGGUCGAACUCCGUUCAGCUGACUGCGCUCCAUUCCAUGUCUCAUCACCAUCCUCAUCAACAGCAACAACAACAACAGCAACAGCAGCCGCAACAGCAACAUCAGCAGCAGCAGCAACAUCAGCAGCAGCAUCACCAUAGCGAUCAUCAUAACACUCAUAAUCAUUAUAUGGAGAAUCACAAUCCGAAUCAAUCCCAACAGAGUAUGGGCAAUCUCGUUGUCGAUGUCGAAACGAGUCAACACGACAAUAAGAAACAACGGACCGGAACAUGUGUACUUCGGUCUGGUACCAGGGAAGUACAUAACAAGCUGGAGAAAAAUCGAAGAGCGCAUCUGAAGGAGUGUUUUGAACUUUUAAAGAGGCAACUACCAUCACAAGACGAAAAAAAGUGUUCAAAUCUCUCUAUUCUCCAUGCGGCGAACAAAUAUAUACAGGCACUGCGAAAGAAAGAACGAGAUUACGAGCAUGAGAUGGAGAGACUUGCGAGAGAAAAAAUCGCGGCCCAGCAGAGAUUGGUAGCUUUGAAGAAAGAGCUCAAUGCAAGUUGGGAUCAUAUCGACAUCAAUUCUCUUUUGUUGGAACAGAAUCCUGGAGCGGAUGUAUCAGCUGCCAAAAAUGAAAGUAGGGAGGUUGACGUUACUGGACUCUCACGGGGUGGCACGAGGUACAGCAGCACGAGUAGUCUGAACAGCGUAACGACGGCCAGUUCCCCACAAACAUUGCAGUCCACUAGCACGACCUCCAAUAUUCAUAAUCAAGCUGUGACCGCAGCUGCGGGUGUCGUUUGUCAAACGCAAGAUAUGAAUCUUACUCCACGAAGCUCCAGGGAGAGUCCACCCGCAAAUUCAACUGCUGGAACGGCAUCCGCGCCUAGCAUUUCUACUCCAACGCAAGAAAAGGUUACUACGUCGCCCACCACAAGUAUAGUGCAACAGCCGCAUCAACUGCACUUGCCGAUCGGCACCCAAGUGUUAAAUAGUCAGGGUAUUGCAACCAUCGUACCAGCCCUGCAACACAUCGGGCCAGGACUCAGGGUAAUACCAGGUGAUACGCGGCAACUUUUGGUCACUCAUACUACUGGCAACAAUGAGUCCAGGCCUCUAACGUUGGCGGUGCAGAAUUCUUCGGAUCAGUCCAGGCCGCCGCUGAUCGCCGUGCAAUCAAACACUGGAAACGAAUCAAGGCCCGUUGCUCUGGUCGUUCACUCGUCUACCGCCAAUGACAGAGUGACGUUUGUGCACUCUAAUCUGUCCAACAAUGACAGGCCUUUGGCUCUAGCCGUGCAGUCGUCUGCGAAUGACGUUAGACCCGUCACUUUCGUACACUCGGGGAACGAGGGUCGAUCAUUGGUCCUCGCUACACAUUCACCAGCGCUGAAUGUAUCGAAUGCCCAGACGAGAAUAAGAACAGGAGAUGCGCAGAACACGCAUAAGAUGGUCGGUGGCGUAACACUCGUUGGUGGUAAUGGCUCAGAAUUGGCUAGACUUCCUGGUGGCGCCGAACUGAACAUACUUCCAGCAAAUGGAUUGACUUUAAGUCAUGGAGUGUCACUUCAAACUACCGCGGGCAAGCCAGCCUCGACAAUGAUGCAGAACUCUCCGUCCACAGAGAGUAUAGCUCACAUCGUCGGCCAGCAUGCGCCUCUUUCCGGUCUGACACCGAUUGUUACACCAAUGACUGUUGUGUCUCAAGGUAACCAGGUAACUGCUCAUAUCUUGGCGCCAUCAAGUCUCGCGGGGAAGAUGAUCACCACUCCGAUUCUCAAGUCUGUGGGACAAAUGCCGCUUGUGAACGCUCAGUAUCUUAACACCACGACUUUAGUGAAACCGGUCGUCGUGGUGAGCUCACCGUCAACAUCGGCAGUGUCCUCGACGACGGCAGCGACGACUUCCAAUACGCAACCUUCUUCGACCUCAAAUUCGACCGUCUGACAGAAUCAAGGGAAGGCAAAAUUAAUCUGAUCGCGCUGGAAUAUCAAAAUACAGUUUGCUGGUGUUUCGAGUAAAUCUUUACAUUUGUUCGAAGUAAAUUUGUCUUUUAUUAUCUAUUGGAAUUGCCUAGAUAUGUUAGUGAUGAGUUAUCGAACGAUUUAAGUUCGAAACAUCUUAUGACAGGCAGCAGAUAUCGUUGAAAGAAUCUUACGCGAGAAAAAUUUUCGUCUAUUGCACCAUUUCUAACAUUAAAGUGGUCUUGCAUUUUGAAAUUUUGUUUGUGUUCUAUAAGGACUAACAUUUUUUAAAAUACGAGCUCUUCCGCAAUGUGAAUCGACUGAAAAAAGUGAGAAAAAGUCCUUGCUCAAUAUGUACGAUAUAAAUUGUGCACAAUUGAUUGAUUGAUUUUAUUAAGGAAGAAUAGUUUGUCACGUAAAUUAAACACAAAGUUUAAAUAAUUAAUUUAUGACAAUAGCCCAAGCGUCAAGAAUGAAAAAGCUUUUGUGUUAGCAUGUUAACAAAUUAAUGCUUUUAAAAUUUUUAAGACUUUUGGUCUUGUAAGCUAUUCGGAUCAUUGUUUUGUCAUAUUCUCGAUUGGGAAUUCUUUCGUUGGUGCUUACCUUGAAAAGUAAUUUUUUUAAGUUGUUUUAUGUUUGCUUUGCGUGAGUCCUGAAUAUUAUGGUCUAAGAAUGAAAUAAAAGAAAGCUUGACUUGCAAUAGAACAAAUUUUUGCAUAACUUUUAAAUUGCUUGACUAUGUUUUGUGAGGCCCAUAAAUUGACAAGUUUCAGUAUGUCUUAUUACUGUUGAAAAAGUAUCACGAGAAAUGAUAAUGAUUGUCUACUUAGAAUGAUAUUAAAUUAAAGUAAAGCUUUACAAAUAACAUGGAAUGGAUUUCAUUGUUCAGUGAAUGGAGGUCGAAAAAUUGAAAAUUAUAAUGAGUUCUAUAUUUCAACUAAAACGGCUGUGGAGAACGGAUAUUGAACUCUAUAAGAGGGUCUGUCUGUCUCAUUUCGACAAUUCAAUCGCAAGAUGGAUUAAAUCUUGUUAAAUUGAUAAUAAAAGUUAUUUGCAAUGGCAACAAAUGAUGUAGGUUUGUAAUGAUACAUAUUAAGUAUUUAUUCCUUUAUAUUUAUUAUAUGUUUAUAUGCGUAUUAUACAAAUGGCUAUCGCGCUUCUUACAAAUCACAUAAUUGCAAUGCGCUAUGACCAUACUAAUUUCUUUAUGUUUAAAAAUUUUGUCACAUGAAAGGAUUCAGAAGUAUAUAUUUUAAGUCGUCGUCAUCAUUGUCAUUUCGUGAAUACGUGCACAUUGUUUCAUGUGCAACGCUCCAUGCUUUUAUAAAUAUGUUCAUUUCUGUAUAAUGCGAUCUUUUUGCAUAAUAACCGAACGUGGCUGGAAUAGAAUAGAAAGGAACCGAUAAUGCUCACAAUUGUUUUUGAAAAGUUCGAACGAUUGCACGCAUUUAUCGAGAUGUCUAUCACGCUAUUUUUCAUUAUUUUCUGUGUGUACGAGAAUCGUCCGAUAAAUAAGAUGCAAAUCAAAAUUGUACAAAUAAAAAAUUUUGAUAUCUAUAACCUACUUGUUUGGCUCGAUACGAUUUAUUGGAGAGUGGGGAAGAAAUAACAAAUGAUGAAUUGUUUUAUUGGAAAAUAUUUCACAUUUAAAUUUCGAUGUUAUUUUAAUCUGUAUCUUAUUUCAUUCGUCGAGCUAUUUCUUGUACGUUCGCUCCUAUUGUAAACUCGUAUUGUAUGCUUCUGUUUGGUAUCUUAGUGAUGAGAUCGUCAACAGUGACCACCAGAACAACGAAUUCGGAAUUUCAGAUACAGUGUUUUUUAUGUGAGACCACCAUGUUGCAAUUCUCAAUGCAUGGUGUUUACGAUCGAAAUACCUUUUCGACGUGACUCAAUGCGUAAUGUAUCACUAUUUACUGUUUCUUUGCACGUGCAAUUGUUAACGGUCUCUCUCCUCCUUUUGGAUACCAGUUUAUGCGUAUUAUUAGUGCUGCUAAUCCUUACAUAUCUGCGUAACACACAAACAACACUUGCUUUUGUAUUCUUUAAAUUAUUUAAUUGCAAAUAUUUAAUUGAUAUCAUUAGCGGUUUGAGUUAAGGAUAUAAAUGCGUGCCUUAACACCUGGCUAACAAAAUCACAUAAAUCAUCCCGAUUGAUGAUAUUGUUCAAUAUUUUAAGGCAGACAGAUACUUUGCUAACUCGAUGAGAAAUUCAAUGUAAGACAAAUUUUUUUAUGCUGUUUUAUGCUGUAAAUUACUCUAUGUUAAUCAAUCUGUACAGAUUUUUUUUUCAAAUCUUAAGUCGUUAUACUGUACUGUAAGUACAUGAAUCUCCCGAGUUUUCGUUUAAUCUCGAUGUCACUGGCGUCUCAAUAGAAAAUGGGAGAAGUUAAUCAGUUGAAUUUUAUGUGUUUAAUAAAAAUUAAUUGUAUCACACAAUGCGUCUCGGUGUUCAGGACGUAACGGAAAAAUUCAAUUUGCAAUAAUGACCAAGAAACUGGGCGGAAGCUUGGUUCGAGCUAAAUCUAUUGCAUCAAUCGCUGAAUAAUCAUUAAUUGACUGUUUAAGAAAAAAAAUUAAAAUAACAAGACUUUAUAAUGAUAAAUUGCAAAUUAAUUUAUUUUUAAAUCCAAUUUUCCUGGAUUUAAUUGAAAUAUCACUUUUUUAUUUGAAAAUGUAAUUAAAUAGAAUUAUUUUUAUUUAUUUAUUGACUGGUUUAACUUUUUAUUCUCGUUAACUGAUGUGGUGAUCCGACCCUACUAGUGAGAGAAGAGUUCUGUUGAAUUAUUUUUGAUGCAGAUACUUUUAUUCAACGAAAUCGAGUUGUGCAAAUAAUUGUACCGCAUGCCCUGACACACACACACACACACACACACACACACAUACACAUACAUACAUACACACAUACACACACACGAGACUCGAAGUUCUGAGCGGGACUGGACAGAAAAAGGUAAAAAAAAAAAAGAAGAGCGAUACUUCGCCGUCAGCCGUUUAUUAACCGCGACUGAAACUUCUGUUGGUUAAUUAUUUAAGCGAUGUAAUAGCCUCAUGUAAAUAAUAAUUUCGUUAGCUGAGAUAACCAAACACGGGUCGAGGCGAAAGGUUUGCGCGAUAGGGAAAAAACUAAAGAUAGUAUAGCACUGAGCACUCAAGCUAAACGAAUGAUGUGAACAAUGUGAUAUAAGCGAUAAAUGAAAGAUUAAUUAGCACAGUAGCGUUUAAGGAGAAAAAAAUCAACUAUUAAAUCGUUUACGGUGUAGAUAGACGCUGGUAAUUAUCAUUUUACUAAUAUCCUUAAAAAAAGAGGGAAUGUCAAAAAAUUGAAUUGUACAUAGCAAAUACGAGAAAAAACAGCAAGAUGGGUGAUUGAGAAGAAAAAAGAGGGGGAAUUGUAAGAUAUUGUAUAAAUAUAUUGAAUAUGAGAAAGAGGGAAGAGACGGAAGGAAAAAGCGAGAACGAACUAAUACAACGUGAUGGACGUGAUGCCGGAUGUAAUGCUCGUGUCAGUGAUGAAAACCACAUAAUAGAGUUUAUGAACUGUAUUUGAAUGGCAACGUGGAGAAUAAGUGUGCGUGAGAAUACAUGUUCACAGAAAAAUUUUAAUAUUAAGUUGACAAUCAAAAUUGUUUCGCACAUAAGCAAGAGUGUAAAAUUUUCUUUAAAGAAUUUAAUAAUCUUAAACGUAAUUUGCUUACAUGAAAUUUUGUAUAAUUUCAACGAGAAAAAUAUAUUUAUCUUUAUUCAAUAAUUUUCAUGAAUUGAGAAGGAAAAAAUAUUGUAUAGAAAGUGACGAAUAUCUUCGAACUGAGAAUUAAAAUUUUUUAAUAUUAUUAUCAAAAUUAUUUUACUCUUUAAAUAUUAUAAGUAUUAUAAUAUUAAAAUAAAAUAGAAUAUUUUGUUGAAAUUUGAGCUUAUCAAAUUUUUUAAGAAGGAUUUUAUAUUCUUACAAGCAGGGAAAAAUUUUGAGAGAUUCUGAAUAACAAAAGGUAGUGAUAAAAUAAAAAUUAAGAAUUACAAAAUUGCGAUUAAGGCCAAUAUUCAUAAUCAAGUCUUAUGUCUGAGAUCAUCUUAAGUACUUGAGCUCGUCAACCAAUCAGAGCAUUUUAAGACAUUACUUGAGACAUUUUUGAAAUAAGAUUUGAAUACCGGUCUAAGACUUUGUUGUUUAAUUAUAAAUGUUUAAGUAUUUGUGUGUCUUAGACACUUUUUACAUAAACAUUUACAUAUUUAUAAUUAAAAAAUAAAGCUUCUUAAUCGCAUUUUUUUAAAUUCUUGUAUCAUUUUCAAAUAAUUCAAAUAAUUGAUUGAAUUUUCUCCCAUUUGUUACCGAAUAUCAUGUAAACAACACAAUGAUUGUUGAUUUGACAUUAAUUUUUUGUCUGUUGGAAGACUGUGUGUGUGAAAAAAAUGUGUAGUAAAAGAAAACGUUAUUAUUGUUGUAGUCUAUAUCGAAUUUUGUUAUAUGCCUCUCGACUAAUGUGAGAAACGACGAUACGUCUUAUGACGCGAUUUGUUGUAUGUAAGAAGAGAGUAACGUGGAGCAAAAUAAAUGAAUGCUAUGUGUGCGAGUGAAGGAAAGCGUGAGAGAACGGAUGGCAAGCGUCGUCGAAGAGAUAAUCGUUCUCUUUGUGACAUUUUUUGUUAAAGAAAAAAAUACGAGAAGGAAAAGUGUGCGAUGAAAUUCAAUACAGUCUAUUACAAUAAAGAUUAAAAUGUGA